UCUACUAACAUGAAAAAUGAGAUGCACAAUGGACGAUGUGGUCUAACAUGCAUUUUAAGGAACUUAACGGGGUAAUCACAGCUAGAACAUCUUUGAUCAAAGGUCUAUUUGACCAGAGUUGACAUGGGGCUAAAUAACACCCUUAAAAUCUAUUACUAUGUUGAAGUCAGUGUUCUUCCAUGGAAAGGCAGCAAGAAUACAUCACUUAUGGAAUUAUGGAGCAAUAAAACCAGUAAUAUACAAUGGCUGCCAUCACUCCGCUGACUCAUAUUCUCUUCCUGAAAAUGUUAGGCUCAAGUUCUCAAAAUUCUCUGGCGGGUCAGUUGAUCUGACAAAAGAUGAACAAUCAGGGAUUGCCCAAAUUACUUUGAAUCAACCUCAGUAUAAAAAUGCUUUUUCAGGAAAGAUGAUGUUGGACCUGUUUGAUGCCAUUAAUGAAUUAGAAAACUGGAAAUCUGGUAAAGGAUUGCUGAUGGCUGGAGCUGCUAAUACAUUCUGUUCUGGUGGUGAUUUAAAGGUUGUUACAAGCUUGACUGAUUCUGGUGAAGAAAUGUCAUCUAUGAUGCAAAAUGCCCUCACUAAACUCAGUAGACUUCCUCUUAUUAGUGUGGCAUUAAUUGAAGGAGUUGCUUUAGGAGGUGGUGCUGAGUUAACCACUGCCUGUGACUUCAGAAUCAUGGCACCAAAAGCAAAGAUUGGAUUUGUUCAAGUUCAUAUGGGCGUGAUAAGUGGCUGGGGUGGAGGGACUCGACUGGUCAAACUCAUUGGACACACUUCUGCAUUAGAUUUAUUUAGCACUGGAAAGAUAAUUAAUUCCUCAACUGCAUUGGCAUUUGGUCUUGUUGACCAUGUUGUCGAAGAUGGUGAAAAUGCAAUGGAAGCAGCCAAGGAAUGGUUGAGCAAGAGGUGUCGUGGUCACUCUUCUGUGACAAGGUCAAUUAAAUCAAUGGUGAGUCAUGCUGGCACAGAAGACGUUCAGUCAUCUUUAAAUCAUGAAAGAAAACUUUUUUCAAAAUUAUGGGGAGGUCCUUUAUUUCUAGAAGCUCUAAGGAAAAAUAUAAAACAUAAAUCUUAAUUCAAUUAAAAAUACAACUGCUGCGUGGAAGGUGUUUAUAAGCCAUUUAAAAAACACACAAAAACCGUUAGAUUCACAUACAUAUGUAUGUGCUUG